CCUUGACAUUGAACCAUAAUAUAAAAUUAAAGUUGAGGGAGAAAUAAAUGGACUAAAUGCUAGUUUCGAUGACUGGAACCCCUUUAUGCAUCAUCUUUAUUUCUUAACGUUCAUCAACUUGUACUAGGGCUGUCUUAAACCAAGUUGUCUCAGCGUACCAUCCUGAAGAUACCUAAAGUAAGAAGAAGCCUUUCAGCAAAUGGUAUGAAAUAAAGGUAUGUGGCAUAGGCCGAAUAUACCAUUCGAACAGGCCCAGGCUCUUCCGUUCACAGCAGUGCUACGGGUUCUUUUCGUCCCCGUCGUGGUAAGACCGUAUAUCCUCGGCGCCAACCUAACUCAGGUUGCGUACUGUAUCGUAGCCUAUUUCCUGAGCUCCGUUAUCUUAGGACCAAUCCAAGACCUCCUUAGUGGCCUGAUAGCUCGGAGAGGCAAAAUAUUCCCGAGUCCCACGGUACUUCCUUACUAUAUAGUUAGUAUUUCUAGCACAGUGGUACAUCUAGGUGUCGUGUUGUUCACGCUUCUGUCCCCGGAGCUCAGCCUAUUUACGCUCUACAUCCCAAAUCCUAGUCUCGUACAACGCGGUAGCCCGGCUCAGAUUUCGGAAUCAGGUCAUCACUUUAUCCAGUACGGCUACCUAUUUUUUAACAUCACUGCGCUUAUUCUCGGAAAGUACGUGCUCACCUUGGAUAAGGUGUUUGCCCAAAAGGCUCGCGGCAACCAUCCUCUGUCGUCGCUUGGAACUAUCACCGUCAUCGGGGGUCCCGGGGCUGGGAUGGCUUAGAUGUUCAUCAAAAGGGAGAAAGAAACACUUGCUAUUCAGUACUCAACCAAUGAGUCUUAAAAUAGAGGAAUCCAGUGUGUACUUUUAUCUUUCUGGUGAAGGCGGAGUAUCGAAAGUUCUUCUGGAAAUACUUCAGCUUUGUAUUACACGUGUUA